AUGACCGCGGCCGUUCACCUGGACCUCGGGCUGCUGCUGCUGCUGCUGCUGCUUCUGGCCUGCUGGCAAACACCGGGGAUGGUCGGAGCAACUGUGCCAGCAGCCCCAGUCAAUGUAUCGGUGACCCAGCUGAGGGCGCACUCGGCAAUGGUGACCUGGAACGUCCCACAGGGAGAUACUGUCAUUGGAUACGCCAUCUCACAGCAGAGGCAGGACGGCCUGAUGCAGCGCUCCAUCCGAGAGGUGAACACGUCCAGCCGCUGGUGUGUGCUGUGGGACCUGGACGAGGACACGCACUACAGCGUCCAGGUGCAGUCCGUCGGGCCGCACGGUGACAGCCAACCCAGCCGCGCCAUCCACUUCAGGACUCUGGAGAGGAGUGACCAUUACCCAGCCGGAGUCCUGGACCACCAUGAACCGGCGAUGGAGGGUCUGGGCAUGACUCCUCACCUGCAGACCGGAGAGCUGCUCAUUAUCACCACCGUGCUGCUGCUGUGGGCAGCCGUCAUCGCCCUGUUCUGCCGACAGUACGACAUCAUCAAAGACAACGACUCCAACGGCACCAAGGAGAAGGCAAAGAGGCCGCUGGUCCGCGCCACUUCCUCCUACUACAACGCCUCGGCCGGCAGCUCGCCCAUCUACCACAACGGAGCCGUACGCAGCAGCAGGCUCCACAGAGCCUCCUCCUCCAUCAGCAUCAUUAGAGUCUAAGCGGUGCGGACGCCGGGGCGAGGGCUCACCCCAACCGUACGGCGGCGCGGGACGGGUGGGCGACGAUGCGCGGCCGCGGGAACUCCGGCGGGAU